GCUCGUAUGUGCCGCCGGAUAUCGGACCUGAUGCCUGUGAUAAUUCGAGCAUCGCAAUCGACUGUUGCCACAUGCCAAAAGUAUGGCGAUCAGGAAGUACAGGUUGCUACUGUACUCACGUUCCACAGGUGGACUACUCGACCUGAUAUAGUGGAGCUCCAGGGUGUUCGUUUAUCAAUUAUGUUCAUUUCAGGAACAAAAGAGCAAGCAUAUGUGUAUGCGCUCUCAUCCGCAGCAUUAACACACCAUGUGGCGAAAGCUUGUGUGUCCGGCGAUUUGCCCUAUUGUCCAUGCGGCCUCAAUUCACCGACCGCUUCCGCUGAUGCCACCUAUAAGUGGAAGGGAUGUAGCGACAACGUGCUUUAUGGACAGCGAGUCAGUCGUGAAUGGGCAGAUGCUUCGUGGCGCAAAAAGUGGCGAUCAGGUAACGCGACUGCUGCUUCGAGACGACAUCAUCGAGAGCUUCUCGAUGACAGCUGGACAUAUAUUAACAGCGAUUUCUCGGAGCGCAAAUCAACAGCCGAUCUUCCACCGCGUGCACGAAUGAAUGAGCACAAUAAUGAAGUUGGCCGCCAGGUAUAA